AUGGAGACACCAUUUUCUCAUUUCUCCUUCACCGAUGUUUAUUCAGUCGGUGCUACUUCGUCACUCUUCAGCAGUUUCUUCCUCUUACUUUCAAAUGGAGUGAACUUAUAUACAUCUAUGUUGCAUCAUCCUCCCACUCCAUCACCACUCGGUGACCUAGAAUUCUCGUUGACGGAAAUCAAUUUUAUGGUUAUUUUGCAAUGAAUUUUUCUACGAUCGGUUGCGGAUUUUGAGGUUGUAAUAUGGGUAUCCAUGUGGGGUCAAGUUCAGGUUUAUCAACAUCGGAUCCAGAGGACGAUGGUCGGUCAUCUUCUUGAAAAAACCCGGUGGAUCAAUCAGUCAGUCACAGCCCUUUUGAUUGGUCUAGCCACAGGAUGCAUUAUUUUGCUAACUUCUGGUGGUAAAAACUCUCGCAUAUUGGAAUUUCAGGAAGAGUUUUUCUUUAUAUAUCUCCUUCCACCAAUAAUCUUCAAUGCUGGGUUUCAGGUGAAAAAGAAACAGUUUUUCCGCAAUUUCAUGACCAUUACAUUAUUUGGAGCUAUUGGUACUUUGAUAUCCUUUGCCAUUAUAUCAUACGGUGCAACACUCUUGUUCCCUAAACUGGACAUUGGUUACCUCGAGAUCAAGGACUAUCUUGCACUUGGAGCCAUAUUUUCUGCAACAGAUUCUGUGUGCGCCUUACAGGUGCUUAAUCAAGAAGAAACACCACUGUUGUACAGUCUAGUGUUUGGGGAGGGUGUGGUGAAUGAUGCCACAUCUGUGGUACUUUUCAAUGCCAUCACCAGUUUUGACCUAAACAACUUUAAUGCUACUGAAGCCCUUACAUUUGCUUACAGUUUCUUGACAUUGUUUGUAUUAAGCACGUUGUUGGGAAUUUUUGUUGGGCUGCUAUGUUCAUUCAUCAUCAGAACAUUAUACUUUGGAAGGCAUUCAACUGAUCGUGAAAUAGCUCUCAUGAUGCUCAUGGCUUACCUCUCAUACAUUACAGCUGAGAUGUUUGAAUUAAGCGGAAUCCUUACAGUAUUCUUUUGUGGGAUUGUAAUGUCACACUACGCAUGGCAUAACAUCACUUUGAGUUCACAAGUAACCACAAAGCAUACUUUUGCCACAAUGUCGUAUAUAUCUGAGGUGUUUAUCUUCCUGUAUGUUGGAAUGGACUCGUUAGAUAUUGAAAAAUGGAGGUUCAUAGAGGAUAGCCCUGGAAAAUCAUUUAGUGCAAGUGGUAUACUGGUUGGGUUGAUUAUGGUUGGAAGGGCAGCUUUUGUGUUCCCUCUGUCAUUAUUCUCCAACUUUAUUCGAAAAAAUAGGAACGAAAAGAUCAAGAUUAAACAGCAAGUUACCGUUUGGUGGGCUGGUCUCAUGCGAGGUGCUGUAUCCGUAGCACUUGCUUAUAAGAAGUUUACUGGAUCUGGGCAAACUAUUCAGCCUGCAAAUGCGCUGCUGAUCACCAGCACCAUUACUGUUGUUCUUUUCAGUACAGUGGUAUUUGGAUUGCUGACAAAGCCGAUUAUAAGAUGGUUGUUACCAGAUGAAACAGACCCAUCUACUCCAAACUCAUCAAGUAGUAUGCCGCUUCUACAAAAUGGGGAUGGGCAUGACCCUGACCCUGACCCUGACCAUGAAGAAAGCGGAAAUGAAAAGAGGCUACCAGAUACUCCUCCAAACAUGGUUCAUCAGUAUUGGAGAAAGUUUGAUGAUGCGUUUAUGCGCCCUGUUUUUGGGGGUCGAGGCUUUGUGUCCCAAGCCACCGGGACCCGUGACAUGGGUGUCAUCCAUUGAUGCAGGCUACCACUAUGGACUCUGGACUAUGUUGAUGUACAUAAUUGGAUUGCUUCUUAUACUUUUGGUACACACACACACACACACACACAUAUAUA